GCCGAUUCAGCCCCUUCCCUCCUCCCGGGGCGCGGCGCGUUCAGCACCACGAUCAGCACCAUUCCGGAGCCGGCUGGCUUUUAUUUCCUCUUUUCCCACAGUAUGGGAAGGUGAACUGGGAGCCUCCGCUGGCGCCGGCCAGUCCCCACGGUGAAUGGCCCUGAUCCGUGGCACUAAACUCAGAAGGGGCGAGAAGCUUUCCACUCCCCCGAUCAGUUCCGCUUCAAGUCUAGCUAUCUGAAACAUACAAGUAAGUGAUGCUGCUAGGGGAACUCUCCAAGGACCUGCUGACUCGGCCACUGACCCGGAAUGAAGUGCUUGCUGUCCUCCUCCGCCUGACUGUCUUUGGGGCUGCCACCUACUUCAGCAUCAAGUGGGUUUCAGAUGCCUUGGACCCUGCCCGGAAGCAAAGAAUACAGCUAAAGAAGAAGGUGGAACGCUUGAUGAAGCAGAUCGGAGCGGAAGGAGUGAGGCUGACUGAGCACGAGAUGAUCAUUGCAGCUCACUUGGUGGCUCCAAAGGAUAUCAAGGUAACUUGGCAGGACAUUGCAGGCCUGGAUGAGAUGGUCAGUGAAAUGCAGGAUACGGUGAUCUUGCCAUUCCAGCAGAGGCAUUUGUUUCGACACUCCAAGCUCUGCCAGCCCCCAAAAGGUGUCUUACUUUAUGGCCCUCCGGGUUGUGGCAAAACCCUUCUUGCAAAAGCGACUGCCCAGGCAUCAGGAUGCAGGUUCAUAAACUUGCAAGCAUCUACCCUGACAGACAAAUGGUAUGGAGAGUCACAGAAGCUCACAGCUGCGGUUUUCUCACUGGCAACCAAAAUCCAACCCUGCAUCAUUUUCAUAGAUGAAAUAGAUGCCUUCCUAAGGAACCGCUCCGAAGCUGACCAUGAAGCCACUGCUAUGAUGAAAGCUGAGUUCAUGAGCCUUUGGGAUGGUCUAGAGAUUGGGCCCAAUUCCCAGGUCAUGGUGCUAGGAGCAACCAAUAGGCCCCAAGAUAUUGAUCCAGCCAUCUUGAGGAGAAUGCCCACUACCUUUCGGAUUGGCCUACCUACACAAAAGCAACGGCAGGAUAUUCUGAAGCUCAUUCUUGAUGGAGAAAAUAUGAGCAACGCUGUGAGCCUGAAAGAGAUGGCCGAGAAAACAAAGGGCUACUCAGGCAGUGACCUGCGGGAAUUGUGCCGAGAUGCUGCCAUGUAUCGUGUGUGUGAUUACGUCCGAAAGCAGCAAAUGAAGCAGAUUGCCUGGAUGCUACGUGAUGGAGACAGUGAUGAGGAAAGGGACCUGGAAGAGGAAAGGGUGCGGCCACUUACCCAGCUUGACCUGUUGUUUGCCCUUGAGAAGAUGGAGGAGUCCAAGGGAGUGUUGACUGCUGUGCGGAACUGAAAGAAGCGGCUUUGGACUAAGCUGCUGCCCCAUGUAGCCUAGAGACCAGAGAUCAUCAACUCAGAACAGAAUGCAAGGAGGUUACAUUGACUGUUCACUGCAUUUUAACUAGAUGGAGGGCAAAGGGUGAGUGUGUGUGUGUUUGUGUAGUCUUCAUAGCUCAGAGGGAAAAGUGUCAGGGAAGGAAAUCUAGGCUGAGCACAGCCACAUAGGAUGGAGUGGGAUGUAAAGGACAUUUGUCGGAAUGGAGAAACUCUUAGGUCAAAAGAAAGGUCAGAGUGGUUUAACUAGAAUCAGGCACACACUUGUAUGUGGGUGGGGAAAGUGUCAAGAGCUUUUCUACAGGCACAAAGGAAGGGAGUGAUCUGGUAAAACUGAGCAAGGGCAGCCACCAGUAAAACUAAGAACACACAGUUUGGAUGUAUUAGUUAUUGUAUGAGUGAGCAGGAAGCUGUACUUGUAAAAUAGUCCAGCUUAUAAUAAAAG